GUUUGUUGUUUUGAUCGAUUCAUUUCGUACUUUUUUUUUUCUCGUGGUUUUUCAUUAAAAAUCUCGGGAUUUCCCUUGUUGUUUUAAACCUUUUUUUCCCUUUAUACGUGAGGAUUGGAUCUUCUUUACUUUCAAAGAAGCUUUUCUCCAUCACAAUAAAAAGAACAUUUUUGGAUUCAACUCUCUCUUUUUCUCAUUCAGAAUUUGACAUCCCAUGAAAACAACCUCGGUUCAGUGGCUCGUUGCAAUAUCGUCGUUAUGUAUUUCUGCUCACGCAACAAUCAUGGUGGUUGCAACCAAUGAAACAUACACCGACCGUAUGGCCGCUUUCGGACCGCGAUUGCCGGAAAAAGGCGUGUUUGGCUAUCUAGCCGAACCUGCCGAGGAUCCUACCGGAUGUCAUAUGGUGGAGGCCCCAUGCAGUGAUUGGGUUGCUUUGGUACGUCGAGGGAGUUGCUCGUUUAUCACCAAAGUUCGAAACAUGCAACUCAGUGGUGCGAUUGCGGUGGCGGUAGGCGACACCGAACCGCAAUCGGGCUGGAUCACCAUGUAUGCACCAGGUGAUACAUCUGACAUAAAGAUUCCCAGCAUGUUCUUGGCGCAAAAUGAAUACCAUGCACUGCUGUAUCUUUCCAAAUUAGUCGAUUCGCCCAUGAUGGUGCUCUUGCAGCUGGAUCAAUGGAUGACUUGGCCAUUGUUGGAUGUGCUGAUGAUUCUUUUCGUUUCUCCGAGCAUCAUCAUGGUGUUUGUAUAUAUCUCAUGGAGGUUACGUCAGAAACAUCGUCAUCAUCUCGAGAUCGCUCCGCUGGACGUAGUAUCGCAAUUGGAAACGAGGCGCUUCAGCCGAGAGAAAAUACGCCACAAUGAAACUGAGGAAUGCGCUAUUUGCUUGGAAGAUUACAUGGAAGGAGAGAUACUGCGGACUCUCCCUUGCCGGCAUAAUUUUCAUGCGUUCUGUGUAGAUGCUUGGCUGACCGCACACAAAAAACUGUGUCCCAUCUGUAAACGCGACAUCACGCUUGGUUUCGAUGCGACCAAUGAGGUGACACCUCUUUUGAUCGCUUGAUCACUGGUAAUCGGAGUUUUUGUAUUAUUUGUUUGUGUUUUUCUUGCAUCAAAAAAAAAUAAGAUCUCAAUUUGGAAAAUAUUUUGUAUGCAUCAUGAUGUUAGUGAAUGCAAGCUUCUUUUUUUAUUUUUAUUUUUGGACCAGCUGGAUCCACGUUUUCAAAAUCACCCACGUUUUUUGGCGUGAUCGAUUUGCUAACAUAGCUAU